AUGGGUGUCCACGGCCUAUGGGAACUGCUGGCCCCCGUUGGCCGGCGAGUCUCCGUCGAAACCCUCGCCGGGAAAAGGCUCGCAAUUGACGCGAGUAUAUGGAUAAUACAGUUCAUGAAGGCUAUGCGAGACGAGAAGGGAGAGAUGGUUCGAAAUGCACACGUACUGGGAUUUUUCCGCCGAAUUUGCAAGCUUCUUUACCUCAGGACGAAGCCGGUUUUCGUAUUUGACGGUGGUACGCCAUCUCUUAAGCGGAGAACGGUCAUUGCCCGCCGCCGCCAGCGGGAGAAUGCCCAGGCUAAGAUCAGAAAGACUGCUGAGAAAUUGCUACUCAAUCAGCUUAAGCAAAUGAAGUUGAAAGAGUUGGCAGCGGACCUUGAGAAGCAGAGGCAGGAGAAUGACGUGAAGGGUAAAAAACCGAUCCUAGAUACACCAAGUAAUGAGAAGGAGAAGGAGAAGGAAAAAGUAAAUUCCAAUGUGGUUGCCAGUCAGACUCAGGAAGAAUUGGACGCUAUGCUAGCGGCUUCUCUUGCUGCGGAGGAGAAUGAGGGUGUUACUAAUAAUGCGUCAACAUCAGGUGCUGGGGUUGAGGAUGACGAAGCUCUUUUUGUAGACGAAGAAGAUGAUGAUGAAGAUGAAGAAAUGAUUCUACCAGAGAUGCAUGGAAAUGUUGAUCCUGCAGUCUUGGCUAGUUUACCUCCGUCCAUGCAACUUGAUCUUCUUGUUCAGAUGAGAGAGAGACUGAUGGCCGAGAACAGGCAGAAGUAUCAGAAGGUGAAAAAGGCUCCGUCAAGGUUCUCAGAACUUCAGAUAGAGUCUUAUCUCAAGACAGUUGCUUUCCGCCGUGAGAUAGAUGGGGUCCAAAAGGCUGCUGCAGGGAAAGGAAUAGGUGGCGUGCAGACUUCACGAAUUGCAUCUGAGGCCAAUCGGGAAUAUAUAUUUUCCUCAUCAUUCACCGGAGACAAACAAGCCUUUAUGUCUAUCGGCCAAGAGAGAUCCGAAGCCAUCCAAAGUCGGGCCCCACCAGCAAAAUCUUCCACCAGUGCUGUCAAUGAAAUUCUUUCAAGCAGAAAAUCCCGGGGUGUAGCUGGACCAACUGCUGCUGCUGAAACAGGAAAAAAAGGUUUUCACGAAGAUGUCGAGACUUAUGUGGAUGAGAGAGGUCGUGUGCGAGUCAGUAGGGUGAGAGCACUAGGGAUUCGCAUGACUCGGGAUUUGCAGAGGAAUUUGGAUCUAAUGAAUGAGAUUGAUGGGGAUAAAGCAGGCACGAGUCAGGAGAAAAAUAGUAAAUCCAUUAGAAAAAAAAAUCCAGUUGAUAUCCUGGACAAUGCAUUUGAUGAAACCCUUCAUCGAGAAGUUACUGAUAAGAAUAAUGAGGUAAUAAAGGGGAUCUCUUUAGAGAUUUCGUUUGAGGAUACGUUGCAUAAUGAACAUAAAAAUGAAAAUGAUGAUGAUAACAUAUUUGCUCGUUUGGUGGCUGGAGACCCAGUAAAGGACUUCUCUCAAACUUCAAAUCCGGACUCGGAUAAUGAGUGGGAGGAAGGAGUAAUUGAAAAUAAAAGUCUUCGUGAAGGGGUUCUGGCUGAGGAGGAAGACAUUGAGUGGGAGGAUGGAGGGUUUCAAGAUAGUGAAUUGAAGUCGUCAUAUGAGGUCCAGAGAACUGUGACAAAGGGUGUUCUAGAAGAAGAAGCUAAUAUUCAGGAGGCUAUAAGAAGAAGUCUUGAGGAUAACAUGAUAUCAGAAGGUGGUGAUGCAGAGAUUGUAAAUGAUGAUGAAGAUCUGGUGUUUGUUAAUGAAGGAGAACAAGAAGGGCCUGAGAUUGAAGCCUCUGAAGUAACAAAAGGUGCUCUGGAAGGAGAAGAUAAUAUUCGAGAGGCAUUAAUUACAAGCCUUGAGGAUACUGGGAGUCGUGAAUUGAUGAGUGACUUUCAUGAUGAUAAUGUGAUAUCAAAAGGUGGAUAUAAAGAGAUGGUUAGUGAGGAUGAGAAUAGAGUGCUCGUUAAUGAAGCUGAACAAGAAGGGUCUGGUAGUGAAGCCUCUGCCGCCAACGUAAGGAAGCCAUAUUCAAUUAAUGCCCCUGAGUUGAACUGUAAAGGGGUGAAAUCUGCUGAAUUUGUUGAAUUUGCUGAAUUGAAUCCCUUAAAUGAAAACUCAGAACCUGCAAAGGAGGAUGGAUCGUCUACUUCCGGAAAGCAGUCAUUGAACAAUCUUAGUGAAGGUGGCUUUGUGUUGAGUUUGUCUUCAGCUCCUGCUCAAGAAAUGUUUUGCGCAGAAUCAACUGACCAUACUUGCAAUGCCUCAGGACUUCCGUUCUCUGCUGUUGAUUCGGUAAGUGGUGUGGAUGGUGUGAAUAAAUUGGCCAAUGAGAAACUAUACGGUGGCUUUUCAUUGGAAGAUGAGGAAGUUGUGAGGAACAACAAUGAAAUUGACCCAGAAAUGGUGGAAAAUAAUCUGGAGGAAGAGAUAAUGUUUUUAGAAAAAGAACGUGAGGAUUUGGGGAGUGAGCAACGGAAACUUGAGAGGAAUUCAGAAUCAGUGAGCAAUGAAAUGUUUGUUGAUGUGUACAAAAACAUCUUUGAUGAUCGCAAAUAUGUGGAAACAUACUUCAUGAAGGACAUUGAGAAUGAGCUUGGGUUAGAUAGAGAGAAAUUGAUACACAUGGCACUGCUUCUUGGGAGUGACUAUACUGAAGGCAUUAGUGGCAUCGGCAUUGUCAAUGCAAUUGAGGUUGUGAAUGCAUUUCCUGGAAAAGAUGGUCUCCGUGAAUUUCGAGAGUGGAUUGAGUCUCCAGAUCCUACAAUUCUUGGUAAAUUAGAUGUGGAUUCAAGGAGCACUUCAAGAAAGAAGGGACCAAAGGGAGGUGAGAAUGUGAAGAGUUGCUCAAGCAACAAUGUAGAAUUUGACAAUGCUGGUGUAAAGCAGAUUUUCAUGGAUAAACAUAGGAACGUGAGCAAAAACUGGCAUAUAAGUUCUUCGUUUCCAAGUGAUGCUGUGAUUUCAGCAUACGCAAAUCCACAAGUGGAUAAGUCUACUGAAGCGCUUGCAUGGGGAAAGCCAGACCUGUUUGUUCUUCGCAAAUUGUGUUGGGAGAAGUUUGGGUGGGGCACGUCAAAAGCUGAUGAGUUGCUGCUACCAGUUUUAAACGAGUACAACAAGCGUGAGACACAGUUGAGGCUGGAAGCAUUUUAUACAUUCAACGAAAGAUUUGCUAAAAUUCGCAGUAAAAGAAUAAAGAAGGCUGUCAAAGAUAUAACAAAAAAUAAACCUUCCGAUCUGAUUGAUGAAACAGCUCUACAACGUCCCGUGGGGAGGAAAAAAAGAAAAGCGAAGCCCAAAGGGGAUGAUGAAGCUAACCAAUCAGAUGGUGCGGGUGCUAAUAAUGACACAUUGGAAAAUGCAACAGUUAAGCCGACAAAAAGAGGUCGUACUAAAGAAAAAACUCUACAAACUAAUUUAUUCGAGCCUGCCGUAAGGAAAGAAACACAUGCAAGGAGAAAAGGGAAAAGGAAGAAGAACUCUUCUUGGGAAGAUGCUGAAUUAUGUGAUACUGAAACUGACGAAGAGAUGCAAUUUGACAAGUCGGGAGAAUCCAGUCUAGUACGAAGGUCAGGACGAGUUAGGAAGACUGUGAACUACAACGUAUCAGACGAUGAAAGUGAUGAAAAAGAUAAUCUCAUAGAAACUCCAAUGGAUGAGGACCCAUUUGUGGCUGUAGCUCUCGGCAGCUUUAAUGAGACCAAUAAUGGGAACAAUAUUGAUGAAGAAGGUAUGAAUGUUUGGAUUGGUGGUAAAAAUGAUUCUGCAAAAGUUACUCAGGAAAAAACUCGAGAAACAGAUAAAAGCGUGAGUGCAGAUUUAACUCAUGGUAAACAAACUGAUGAACAAUUCCUCAAGGAGGUCAGUUCAUCACAGGACUAUCUUCAGUUCGGGGGUGGGUUUUGCGUGGAUGAAGAAGAUGAAGGCUCGAAUGACAAGGAAGAGAAGAUUCCGGAAGAAUCUGAUGGUCCCGAUUUGGGAGAUUCUUUGUCUGAGGAAGAAAAUCGUGAACAUGCUGAGAUGAAUGCAGGUAAUGAUGAUUGUGGUUUGCUGGACGAGUCUGAGAACAAUGAUGCUGGCCGCCACUAUGCAAAGUCUCUUUGUUCCAUGCCGAAUUUGAGAAGAAAGAAUAAGAAAAUUUGA